GGGCCGGGCGGCGGGGCCGGGCCGGGCCGGGCGGAGCGGGCGCUGCCAUGGACGCGCUGUGCCGGGCCGAGCCCCGGCCCCGCCGGCCCGCCGCCGCCUCCCCGCUGCCCUGGGCCCGCUUCUCCGCAUGGCUCGACUGUGUCUGCGUGGUCACCUUCGACCUGGAGCUGGGACAGGCCAUGGAGCUGGUGUAUCCUCAUGACUUCAGGCUAACAGAGAAAGAGAAAACCAGUAUCUGCUACUUGUCCUUCCCAGACUCCUACUCAGGUGGCCUGGGGGACACUCAGUUCAGCUUCCGCCUGCGCCAGUCGGGGGGCCAGAGGACCUCGCACUACGAGGAUGGUGGCGAGUACAACAGAGAAGCGCCCCUGACGCUGCAGCGGGAGGCAGCUCAUUUCUUCGGCUACGUGUACUUCAGGCAAGUCAAGGACAGCUCCAUGAAGAGAGGUUAUUUUCAGAAGUCUUUGGUGCUGGUGUCGCGGCUUCCGUACGUGAACUUGUUCCAGUCGUUGCUGCAGCUGAUCGCUCCGGAAUACUUCGACAAGCUGGAGCCGUGCCUGGAGGCAGUGUGCAAUGAGAUCGAUCAGUGGCCGCCGCCUGCGCCAGGACAGACUCUGAACCUCCCGGUGAUGGGAGUUGUCAUUCAGGUGCGGAUCCCUUCGCGGGUGGAUAAGCCAGGAUCAAGCCCAGUGAAGCAGUUCAACCAGGAGAAUCUGUUACCAGCCCCAAUGGUUCUCCCCAGUAUUCACGAACUGGAUCUUUUCAGGUGUUUCCAGCCAGUGCUGAUUCACGUCCAGAUGCUGUGGGAGCUGAUGUUACUGGGAGAGCCGAUGGUGGUCAUGGCACCGUCCCCUACGGUUUCUUCAGAAAUGGUUCUGGCCCUUACCAGCUGCCUCGCUCCUCUGCGGUACUGCUGUGACUACCGGCCCUACUUUACCAUCCACGACAGCGAAUUUAAAGAGUACACCACCAGGACACAGGCCCCGCCAAACAUUGUUGUGGGAGUCACAAACCCUUUCUUUAUCAAAACCCUCCAGCACUGGCCGCACAUUCUUCGGGUUGGGGAGCUCCGAAUGUCAGGAGACCUGCCCAAGCAAGUCAAGGUGAAGAAGCUAGCGAAACUAAGAACUCUAGACACAAAACCAGGAAUCUAUACGUCUUAUAAAACAUUCCUUCACAAAGACAAAACCCUGAUAAAAAGAUUACUGAAGGGCAUCCAGCGGAAGCGCCCGUCCGAAGUGCAGAGCGCCCUUCUGCGGCGGCACCUCCUGGAGCUCACCCAGAGCUUCAUCAUCCCCCUGGAGCAUUAUAUUGCCAGCCUGAUGCCCCUGCAGAGGGCCAUUACUCCGUGGAAGAAUCCUCCCCAGAUUCGUCCUUUCCGUCAGGAAGAUUUCAUGAAGACCCUGGAGCACGCUGGUCCCCAGCUCACCUGUGUGCUUAAGGGGGACUGGUUGGGCCUCUACAGGCGUUUCUUCAAGUCUCCCAACUUCGAUGGCUGGUAUCGUCAGAGGCACAAGGAGAUGACCCAGAAGCUGGAGGCGCUGCACUUGGAGGCCAUCUGUGAAGCGAACAUCGUGGCCUGGAUGAAGGACAAGUCUGAGGUGGAGAUUGUAGACCUGGUGCUAAAACUUCGAGAGAAGCUGGUCAGAGCCCGGUGCCAGCACCUGCCCGUGAAGGAGGAGACGCUGCAGCGGGUGGGUCUGUACAUCGAGACCAUCAUCGGGUCCUUGCCGGCGGAUCUCCAGGCCGUGCUGCACCACCACUGAGCGCGGCCCGCGGGCCGGUGGAGAAGGAAGCGCCUCGCCCUGCUCCGAGCUCUGGGCAGCUGCAGUUGCGUUUGGAAAGGAAGGUUCUUCACGAUGCAGCCAGCGUGCCCUGAUCUGGACCUCGCUCACAGCCGCCUGUGGUUUUGAGCAUACGUGGGUCAGAACUGUGGCAGAAAUGGGGAAGCACGUGCACUAUUCUCUGUCUAGUCCUGCUUUGAGGAGCUGGGUUAGGGGACCGUGAAGGACAAAGCGUUCCCUGGUGGCCGCUGGUGGGUCAGAACGCGGCAGCCAGGCUGCUGAAAGCGUGGGGUGGGCUGUGCAAAACGUGAGCUGCCCGUGUAUCCACGUCCCUCUUUGGCUAGUGCUUGGGCGCUCAAAAUGGCCGUGUCACCGUCCUGCCUGGAAGAAGCGGGACCAGCGCUGUAGGGGGAGUUGUUUCCAGGGGAGCUCCUGAUGAUAACAGGAGGGACGUUGGUCCCCCCCACACAAACGAUGUGAAAAAAUAGCCACGACCCAUUCAGCAGCCUGACUCACGCUGCAAGAGCCUCCGCGGGGGCGGGAGUGGGAGGACGAGUUGCUGGACGCGGAAUGCUGUUGUUGUUUCCCCAAGGCAGAGACAGAGAAGAAGGGGCUGGUGCCUCUGCAGGGAGCAGAGCUCUCCGGAGAUCGCGGCGGGGUGCUGUGCGAACGGCUGGAGCUGCUGGAGCUGCGCAGAGAGGAGCUGGCCUCCAAAUGUAAUUUAUUCUGCUUGAAAAAUCAAGUUUGCGUGCUCUAAUAACGUACGAGGGAGCUGGAGCUCUGCCUUGGGCCACGAGGCAUCUGAUGCGAUCAGCCCACUCACUGAUAAAACAUGUUGGAGAACCUGA